CGCCUCGUGUCUGUGGCAGUAAGCUUUUUAGGUUGGGUAGCUGCAAUAUAUCUUACUUAACUGCAGGGGGCAUACUUCUUUAACAGUUUGCUUGGGCGCCUUACUCAUGUUUAGGAGAAAACUACAAGCAUUAGAUUAUCCAAAUCCAAAUAAUUUUACCACUGACGAUGAAAGCAAGUUUCGUUUGUUUGUGGUUUGGCUGGAGGACCAGAAAAUCCGACACUACAAAAUAGAAGAACGUGCAAAGCUUAGGAUGACCGAGGCUCCUGAAUGGGACUCAGCAUUUAACGAGUAUCUUCAAGAUCUAGGGUUCCCUAUCAAAUCUCAUGAUAGGAAUGCAGUGACAGAAUGGUUGCUUGGCUAUGCUGUACGGCUAGUAUAUGGAGAUAAUGUAGCCAAAUACAAAGAAGCUUCAUAUAACCUGGAAACCAAAGAAAAACCUCAAAUCCAGUCAGCAAAUCCUUUAGAUAAUAUGGAUUUUGACAGUCCAGACUUUAAGGCAGGAGUGAUGUCAUUAGCCACCAUGUUGAACAUCCCACCACACAUUGAUCACAGAAUAGUGCUCAAGGCAAUUAGUCUUUUGAUUACUGAAAGACUCUCCAAGCAAGGUCUACAGGCUAAAGACAAAACAGUUGACCCUGGAAUAACAAUGGACAGUAUUGAUUUAGGAUUUGAAGCACCAGACUAUAUCAGCACCGAGGCUGCCAAGAUUUUACGUCUUCUACAUAUCAAGGAACUACGAGAGCUCCAAUCUCAGAUCAACCAAGCCAUUGUUGCUGUGCAGGCCAUCACAGCCAAUCCCAAGACUGAUCAAAGGCUGGGGAAAGUGGGCCGAUAACCUUGAUAGAGGAUGUUUAAGAGAAGUUAAAACAUGUUGAUGUUAAUGAGCUUUAACUCCAAUGCCAUUGUUUGAUUUCUUGAGCUUAUCUGGAAAUUUAAUUUGAUGAUGGUGAUGAUGAUCAUGAUGAAAGAAUCCUGGCACAAAGUUUUGAAAAGUUGGACGGAAGCCUUUAUACAUAUCAUAGGUUUCAGUCUGGACCCGCAUUUUUAGCUCCUUGUUAUGCUCUGUAGAAUUCAAUUAAAGAUCUAGAAUUCCUUCCGCACAAUAUAACAUGCUGAUGCUAUUUCUCUGCCAUUUUCAUUACUAUUAUAGGAACUCCUUCAGUCAUUACAUAGUUAAAGAUUUUUGUACUAUGUUUGAAAUUAUUUCAUGAUUUUUUUUAAAGUUAUAAAUGGUAUUUGCUGCCAUUCGUUUUUUCUCCAGAACUUGACUGGGCAGAUGUUAUAUAAUUGACUAUUUUGAGGUAUUGAUUAAUUCAACAGAGCUAUAUGUUUUGCAAUGCAAAUAGUUAUCAGAUUUUUUCACUUUUCUGCAUAGUAAAGCAUAUCGAGAAGUGGCCAGUUUAUAAUCAUUUGCUAGUAGAUUUGGGGCAUUUGAUUUUAUUAACCAGUUUAUUUAUCAUCAUUUCCAUUGUUUUCUGUAUUGGAAAACGUAUUUUUGUCAUGUUCUUUUGUUAGAGUCGUCACAGUAAAGAAGCGAACUAACAGAAGAUGAUAAAUAUUUAUUAAUUUCCAGCAGUCUUACCUUUACCAUUGUUAUUUGUUAGGUUUAUGCCAUUAUCAUGUACGUAUAUUUGCCUUUUACAAUAAAGGGUAUUGAAUGAUGCUGAGAAAACUGAUGUUGCUUGUAAUGUUAAUCUCAACUCUAUCAUUUGAAUUAUGUAAUAUGCUAUGCUGUUCUUUAUUUAUUCAAUCAUUCCUGACGUAAAUUUUCCUUUGAAAUUGAUUAUCACCCUGCUUCAUCACAGAUCAACCUUUUGCCAACUGCACUUGUCAUACAGUCUGCUGUUGAGUAUUUGAUUUCCUUCUCUAUAUCCCGUAGAACUUAAUGCUGUCGACUGCGUUUUCCUGAUCCGGAGUUCCUGCUACCCCUCGCCAUCACUUGCGAGCCAACGCGGUGUCCAUCUCAGAGUCGUUUGUGGGCUACCCUUAUGACAACAUUAAUCCUUGGACCCCAAGUCGAAUCCUCAGCGAUAGACGAAAUGUCACCGGCCAACCGACUACUGUAGCUUUGGAGAGGGGGGAGGUAUUGACUUUAAAGUAUGUUGUCCAACGUCGGGCACCAAUAACAUGGUAUCUUAGUGCAUUUCAGCUGAUGUGGAUUGUAAUAAAUACUAUUUUGCAUUGUUACUGCUGCUUACUCUCAAACUAUGGCUUUUAAAGCUGCGCAUAUUAUUAACAGUCGAAGGAUAUUUAAUCUUGUAAUGUGUGAAUCUGAUGAUAAUCUAAGCUGAAAAAAAACGCUUUUUUUCAUUCCUGUAUG